CAUUAGAGGUAAGACGCUCCCAGCAUCCAGGUUUGCCAAAUCCAGUGUGCCAAAUCCACUGUGUGGCACACUGGACGGCACAUAGUGGUCGGUGGAGAUAUCUGGACUUUUUUUCAGAACUUUUUGGGGAGACAAAUAAGACAAAUCACAGCAUCGUCCCUCGUUGCCUCGUCGUUCUCCUUCCCCUAUUCCCCCGGUAAGACUCCUGGUUCCCUCGUUUGCAAUCAUGGUGGUGAUGAAGAUGAAGUUCCCCUUUGAGAAAAGGGUGAAGCUGGCCCAAGGACUGUGGCUCCUCUCCUGGAGUGCCACAGUGGCCGGAGCUAUGACCUUCAGUCUGGGGUGCAUCCUAAAGACAGAGCUCCGCAGGAGGGCAGAGGUCAUGGAUAACUCAGACAUACAUAUCGUGCCCAAUACCCUCAUGAUUGUUGGUCUGGCCUCCUUGGGUAUCAACUACUUUGCUUCAAAGAUCUGUCAGGAUGCUUUGGAUGCUGGGAAAUUUCCUCGCUGGAAGAACUUCUUGAAGCCCUAUUUUGCCGUCUCUUGUUUCUUCACCGUCCUCAUGCUGCUAGCUGUCAUCAUGAGCUAUGCAAUGAAGGGCAGUCUGGAGUCUUCUCUGAAGGUUGGCCUGAGAAACGGCAUCCGCUUCUACAAGGACACAGACACCCCAGGCCGCUGCUUCCAGAAACAGAACAUCGAUCGCAUGCAGAUGGAGUUUCAGUGCUGUGGAAACACUGACUUCACGGACUGGUUUGAGGUCCAGUGGAUCAGCAACCGCUACCUUGAUUUCAGCUCUAAGGAGGUUAAAGAUCGCAUCAAGAGCAACGUGGAUGGCCGUUACUUGGUUGAUGGAGUCCCAUUCAGUUGCUGCAACCCCAGCUCUCCACGGCCAUGCAUCCAGUAUCAGCUCACCAACAACUCGGCUCACUAUAACUAUGACUACCAGACUGAGGAGCUCAACAUCUACCUCCGAGGCUGCAGAGAGGCCCUGGUCAACUACUACAUGGGCCUGAUGAACACCAUUGGUGCUGGAGUACUGUCAGUCUUCCUCUUACAGGGCUCUGUGCUGGUGAGCCUGCGGUUCCUGCAGACCUCCAUGGAGGCACUGGAAGGGAAUGAAAACACAGAGAUUGAGACAGAAGGGUACUUGCUGGAGAAAGGGGUGAAAGAGACCAUCAUGGAGUACCUCAACCCCGUGCUGAAUUUCCUCCUGCUUACAAACCAGGUGGAAGAGGGCACCCCAGCUCCUGCCCCAGCUACCGCCUAAACUACAAAUGAUGUACACACAUGUAAAUAAUUUUUACACACAGAGGGCAACUAAUAAAUGAUUAUUUAAAUUUGAAAACAGAGUGUUAAUUACACAUUUCUAUGAAUUUCACAGAUUUAGGGAUAGUGUUUUUUAUUGUCAGAUGACCAUCACACUAUAUUACUGUACUUUCCCAUUCAAAUUCAAUAUACUGAACUGAUUCCACCUCUGUUAACCUCAUACCAUAUGAAAAUAUGUAUCCGAAAAGAUACUGUAAUAUUGUAAACCCAUGAUUACUACUGUUUUUGAGAUAUUUGUCAAAACCUAAAAUGAACAAUAUGUAUAAAAUCACUGAACACAUUCUUUAUUUUUUAUAUUUUUUCCCUGUUAUUAACAUGAAUCAUUAACCAUUCAUUGUUGUAUUUGUUUACGUUACCACAAAUACACAAAAUCACUUCAUUGCUUUUGAAAGUGCAUUGGUAAUUGCAUUCUCACGAGUCUUAAUCAAAAGCAAUUAAAAAAAAAAAAUCACCAUCGGUCACUGAGUAAACAGUAAUUCACGAAGGAGAGUACAAAAAUUACUUUUGGUCUUACAAAAACAAGGAUGUAAAGCUGACUGUAGAGAGACACGAGGCAUGCUCUGCUGCGCAACAGGACUAUGACAUAAUAUAACGACCUAUUAAAGUUUGAAUUUACUAAUUGGA